GGGGAGGGGAGAGGUUAUAACUGAUGAAGCGGUGAGGCGGCGAGGUGCUGAGCCGCACGCUCUCCCUUACCAUUCCAGCCGAAACGAGGCUGUACAGCUAUCUGCGGCUGAGCUCAAUGCCCACCAUUAUCCAAAAUUGUCCAGAUACUGCGAUUCCACUCCAGCCUCGUUCAGCACUUCUUGGAUAUCUUCCUCUGCUGCUUCAAUUCAUCCUCUGCGCAGAAUCCGCGCGGAAUAUUGAAGCUGUGGAUUAAUUAAUUGAUUAAAACAAAUAUCCCAUACGCAUACCAUGGUCAUCGCUUCCACCAACCCCGCCGCCCCUCCCCCCACACCCAUAAAACCAUGACGGACGACCACCAAGACUCCCCUUGGCACCUAGUGCACCGCUCCCGCGCCGCGGCCGACGUCCAAAGCCGCGCCCAAAUCGAGCAAUGGAGCACCUCACAAAAAUACUGGUCCGGCACCGGCCAGAAACACAUCAAGCACACCGAGCUGAAGAGCAAAGUGCACGUUGACGGUCCCCUGGGCGCCGGCGGCGCCGCCUUUGUCGAGAGGGUCACAUAUGGCGCGGUCGCGAUGGCGAGGAAGAAGAUCGAUCGCCGACGACACCGCUAUACGACGCUGGAGCGGCUGAGGGAGGAGGCGGAGAUAAUGGAUAAGCUUGUGCAUCGCCAUAUUGUCUCCCUGGUGGGAACAUACACCCAGGGUGCGAAUGUGCUGUAUAUCCUCACCUACCCCGUCGCAGUAUGCGACCUACACCACCUCCUUGACGACAUUGAGGACCUCCACCUCGGCACCUCGGCCGAUGUCGAGGAUGCGGGUAAGCGGAUUGAGAUGCUCGGGUUUCGACAGGGCGGGGACGACGACGCGCUCGAGAAACAGGUCCACGCCUACCUCGUCUCGCUCCUGGGAUGCGUCACGGAGGCACUGACGUACAUCCACGCCCAGCGCAUCAGACACCAGGAUCUGAAACCGAGCAAUAUCCUCCUCGCGCCGGGACAGGUCUACCUCGCCGACUUCGGCAUCUCGCGAGACCUCAAGGACUCCAUGCACUCAGUGACGGACUCAUGCGUUGGCUUCUCGCUGGGCUAUGCAGCCCCGGAGGUGGAGGCGAGAGGCGUGCAUCACCCGGCGUCCGCGGAUGUGUAUUCCCUCGGCGCCGUGUUCCUCAACGUCGCAACAGUGGUGUAUGGCGAGACGCGCGCGCGGUGCGGGGAGGUGAUGCGCGAGAAGACGGGGAGUCGGAAGGCGACUAUCGAGGCAUACCUUGAGGAGCUGCGGCCGCGGGCGGUGAAGACGGGUAGGGCGGCAGAGGAGGCGUUGACGUGCUUGCCGAGGCAUUUGUUGGGGUUGACCGAGACGAUGUUGGCGUAUGAUCCGGAGAAGAGACCGAGUGUCCAGGAGGUGGGGGAGAGGUUGGUGGGGAUGGGGGGGAUUGAACAGGUGUAUCAUGGGGGGUGUUGUAAGAAGAGCUCGGCGUAUGUGUCGAAGCUUAUAGACAACAAACUCCAGCACCUCGCUCACUCAUCCACAGCAACUACCACUCGCCUCGCGACACUAGAAUCCGAGCGCGUCGCCGAUAAAGCACUCAUCGCCACCCUCACCACCACAAAUGAGACCCAUGAGGCUCGCCUCGUCAAAGAACGCAAUCACGUCGCUGAGCUCUACAAGAAGCAGCUCGCGCACCAGCAACUCGCCCUCGAUAUCGCACUGGCGAGGAAUAGGGCGCUUGAAGCCGAUCUUGCUGCUUUGAGAGGCCCGUCGCGCCGGGGGGGAGGGGUGAAGAAGGUUCGCCCCCCGAUGCUGAUGCAGAUGACUACGACGAUUGGCACGAUGACGCUGCCGCAGCCGACUACAAUGGCGCAGCAAGCCACGACGAUGGCGACGGUAGCAGCGGCGGCGCCACCAAAUAUACUUCCCCCCGAAGCAACACGCCCACCCCCCGGCCCGCUAAGGCGCCAAAGCGGACUCCCAGUCCCGGUACGCCCGUCGACGCCGCUACCGCUGAGAGUGCAGACGCCGACAACGCCGGUGAGGACGGUGGGGAGAGGGAAUGGGUCGGCGGAGAGUACACUGUUGAGUAGUGUGCAUUCGACUUUCUCGGUUGUGUCGAUGGCGUCGAGUGUUUCGAGUGUGGAGGGGGAGGGGAGUCCUGUUGUUGGGAGGGGGGAGAGUGGGGAUGUGGCGGUUGCGCAGGAUGGAGUGAAGGGGAAGGAGAGGGAGAGGGAGAGAGUGGCGGUUAGUGAUGUAGGGAGGGAGAGGGGGGAAAGGGAGAAGACUCUUGUGAUGACUUGGGCGGAGAGGGCGAGGGGGAGGGUGAAGGUGAAGGUGUAGGGGGGUGGUGGUUUAAACUCUGGUUAGAGAAUGAUGAGUGGGAGGUUGUCGUUGGCAAAAACAAUGCCCAGCUUGCUAAAUGAGGGAAAGGCCGUAGCGCUGGGGAGUUAAGAGGGGGACGAAGAUAUAGUAGGGAGGUUUGCUUCUCCGUAGCAAAACAGGAUGGGGAUGAACGACAUUAUGACCGAACGACGAGAGAUACCCAAAAGCGAAUCUAUAUACCCCAACAUAUACACGCGAGAUACGGAGGCAGCAUAAUAUUGGAUAUAUACCAAUCCUCAUUUGGCACAGAUAAAACUAUACCCAGGCUUAGCUGCAGACGUUGAUGCUCAAUCUCUCAAAAUAUACACUGCAUGACA